AUGGAACUCUUUCAUGAAAUAUCUCGAAAGAGACCAAUCCCGCAUACUGUCACAUACAACACUCUUAUGCAGAGUCAUAUCGAAGAGGCAUUGAAACUUUUUCAAGCAAUGCGAAACAGUGGGUUGGAACUUGAUAUUGUCCCAUAUAAUAUCCUAAUUGAUGGGUUGUGCAAAGCUGGGCAUAUCGAAUUUGCCAAGGAAUUAUUUCAUCAACUCUCAGACAAUGGCUUUAAACUGGAUGUUUACACAUAUUGUAUAAUGAUUAAUGGACUGUGUAAAGAGGGAUUGCCAGAUGAAGCAUACAGGUUGUUUGGGAGCAUGGGAGAUAAUGACUGUUUGCCUAAUAGCUGCUGUUAUAAUGAAAUGAUUCGGGGGUUCCUUUGCAACAGCUAUAACUCAAAGGCAACACAACUUCUUUCGGAAAUGGUUGGUAAGGGCUUUUCUGCAGAUAUAUUCACUGCCACCUUAUUUAUGGAUCUUAUCAUAUACUCUAAUAAAUCAAUCUUGCUCUGA